CUGCCUCCCCUCUCUUCCAGGUGAACUAUGACCACUUUACUCUGGGUGUGUGUUGCUGUGAGGGUCAUGGCCGCUGCAGCCGUCUCCAUAGAAAUCUCAGACCCUGACAACUCGCUGAGUGUCAGCAUCCCCGAGCCGUCCCCACUGCGGGUCCUUUUGGGGACCUCCAUCACCAUCCCCUGCUAUUUCAUCGACCCCAUGCACCCUGUGACCACCGCCCCCUCCACCGCCCCCCUCACCCCGAGAAUCAAGUGGAGCCGCAUUUCCAAGGAGAAGGAGGUGGUUCUGUUGGUGGCCACGGAAGGGCAGGUGCGGGUGAACAGUGCCUACCAGGACAAGGUCUCGCUGCCCAACUACCCGGCCAUUCCCAGCGAUGCCACCUUGGAAAUUCAGAACCUGCGCUCCAAUGACUCCGGGAUCUACCGCUGUGAGGUGAUGCAUGGCAUCGAGGACAGCGAGGCCACCCUGGAGGUCGUGGUGAAGGGCAUCGUGUUCCAUUACAGAGCCAUCUCCACGCGCUACACCCUGGACUUUGACAGGGCGCAGCGGGCCUGCCUGCAGAACAGUGCCAUCAUUGCCACGCCCGAGCAGCUGCAAGCCGCCUACGAGGACGGCUUCCACCAGUGCGAUGCCGGCUGGCUGGCCGACCAGACUGUCAGGUACCCCAUCCACGUUCCUCGGGAAGGCUGCUACGGGGACAAAGACGAGUUCCCGGGCGUGAGGACCUACGGCAUCCGCGACACCAAUGAGACCUACGACGUGUACUGCUUCGCGGAGGAGAUGGAGGGCGAGGUCUUCUAUUCGACAUCUCCGGAGAAGUUCACCUUCCAGGAGGCUGCCAACGAGUGCCGGCGGCUGGGCGCCCGGCUGGCCACCACGGGCCAGCUGUACCUGGCCUGGCAGGGCGGCAUGGACAUGUGCAGCGCCGGCUGGCUGGCCGACCGCAGCGUGCGCUACCCCAUCUCCAAGGCCCGGCCCAACUGCGGGGGCAACCUCCUGGGCGUGAGGACCGUCUACCUGCACGCCAACCAGACGGGCUAUCCCGACCCCUCUUCCCGUUACGACGCCAUCUGCUACACAGGUGAAGACUUUGUGGAUAUCCCAGAAAAUUUCUUCGGGAUGGGCGGUGAAGAAGACAUCACCGUGCAGACAGUGACCUUGCCCGAUGUGGAGCUGCCCUUGCCGCGGAACAUCACCGAGGGCGAGGCCCGAGGCAACGUGAUCCUCACGGUGAAGCCCAUCUUCGGCGCCUCCCCGACGGCCCUGGAGCCCGAGGAACCCUUCACGUUGGUCCCCGACCUAGAGGCCACCGCCUUCCCUGGGGCUGAGAAUGAGACUGGAGAAGCCACCAGGCCCUGGGCCUCUCCUGGGGAGUCCACGCCUGGCCUGGGCCCCUUCACCAGCGAGGACCUGGUCGUGCAGGUGACCGCAGCCCCAGGGGAAGCUGAGGUGCCCGGCCAGCCACGAUUGCCAGGCGGAGUUGUGUUCCACUACCGCCCUGGGUCCACCCGCUACUCGCUGACCUUCGAGGAGGCCCAGCAGGCCUGCCUGCACACUGGGGCAGUCAUCGCCUCACCCGAGCAGCUCCAGGCCGCCUACGAAGCCGGCUACGAGCAGUGUGACGCCGGCUGGCUGCAGGACCAGACCGUCAGGUAUCCCAUUGUGAGCCCAAGGACCCCAUGUGUGGGUGACAAGGACAGCAGCCCCGGGGUCAGGACCUACGGUGUGCGCCCACCCUCGGAAACCUAUGAUGUCUACUGCUACGUGGGCAAGCUCGAAGGGGAAGUGUUCUUCGUCACACGCCCGGAGCAGUUCACCUUCCAGGAAGCCCUGGAGUUCUGCAGAUCCCACAACGCCACGCUGGCCUCCACCGGCCAGCUCUACGCUGCCUGGAGCCUCGGCCUGGACAAGUGCUAUGCCGGCUGGCUGGCUGACGGCAGCCUCCGCUACCCGAUCGUCACCCCUCGGCCGGCCUGUGGCGGGGACAAGCCAGGCGUGAGGACCGUCUACCUGUUCCCCAACCAGACCGGCCUCCUGGACCCACUGUCCCGGCACCAUGCCUUCUGCUUCCGAGGUGUCUCAGCUGCACCCUCUCCAGGAGAAGAGAUGGGUAGCACACCCACAACACCCUUGGACGUGGAGGACUGGAUCACUACCCAAGUGGGACCCGGUGUGGCUGCUGUCCCCUUGGGGGAGGAGACAACUGCGAUUCCAGAUUUCACCGUUGAGCCAGAAAACCGCACGGGAUGGGAUCUAGCCUACACCCCAGCGGGCACCUUCCCACUGCCAGGGGUCCCUCCUACAUGGCCUCCCACUAGUGCAGCAACAGAGGAGAGCACAGAAGGCCCUUCUGCAACACAAGUCCCCUUGGCCUCAGAGGAGCCAUCCCCCUCGGAGGAGACAUCCCCCUCAGAGACACCAUUCCCCUCCGAGGAGCCGCUGUUAACGCCUUUACCCCCAGUGCCCAGUGGGAUGGAGCUGCCCGGCUCUGGGGAGGCUUCUGGGAUACCUGAAGUCAGUGGUGACUUCACAGGCAGCGGAGAAGCCUCAGGACACCCAGACUCCAGUGGGCAGCCAUCGGGGGGAAGUGCCAGCGGACUGCCUUCGGAAGACCUUGACUCCAGUGGUGUCACCUCCUCAGUGGGCUCAGGCCUACCUGUGGAAAGUGGACUCGCCUCAGGUGACGAAGAUAGAAUUACGUGGUCCAACACUUCUCAAGUUGGUGAGCUGCCCUCUGGUGGUGAGGAUCUAGAAGGCUCUGCUUCUGGAGUAGGCGAUCUCAGUAGACUUCCUUCUGGAGAAGGUCCCGAAACCUCUGUCUCUGGAGUAGAGGACCUCACUGGACUUCCUUCUGGAAGUGAGAGUCAUCUAGAAACAUCUGCUUCUGGAAUAGAGGACCUCAGUGGACUUCCUUCUGGAGGUCAGACUCAUCUAGAGACUUCUACUUCUGGAGUAGAGGACCUCAGUGGACUUCCUUCUGGAGGUCAGACUCAUCUAGAGACUUCUACUUCUGGAGUAGAGGACCUCAGUGGACUUCCUUCUGGAGGUCAGACUCAUCUAGAGACUUCUACUUCUGGAGUAGAGGACCUCAGUGGACUUCCUUCUGGAGGUCAGACUCAUCUAGAGACUUCUACUUCUGGAGUAGAGGACCUCAGUGGACUUCCUUCUGGAGGUCAGACUCAUCUAGAGACAUCUGCUUCCGGAGCAGAGGACCUCAGUGGACUUCCUUCUGGAGGUCAGACUCAUCUAGAGACAUCUGCCUCUGGAGCAGAGGACCUCAGUGGACUUCCUUCUGGAGGUGAGAGUCAUCUUGAGACCUCUGCUUCUGGAGCAGAGGACCUCAGUGCGCUUCCUUCUGGAGGUGAGAGUCAUCUUGAGACCUCUGCUUCUGGAGUAGAGGACCUCGGUGGACUUCCUUCUGGAGGUGAGAGUCAUCUUGAGACCUCUGCUUCUGGAGUAGAGGACCUCGGUGGACUUCCUUCUGGAGGUGAGAGUCAUCUUGAGACCUCUGCUUCUGGAGUAGAGGACCUCGGUGGACUUCCUUCUGGAGGUGAGAGUCAUCUUGAGACCUCUGCUUCUGGAGUAGAGGACCUCAGUGGACUUCCUUCUGGAGGUGAGAGUCAUCUUGAGACCUCUGCUUCUGGAGUAGGGGACCUUGGUGGACUCCCUUCUGGAAAGGAAGGUCUAGAGACCUCUGCUUCUGGAGCUGAGGACCUCAGUGGAUUGCCUUCUGGAAAAGAAGACUUGGUUGGGUCAGCUUCUGGAGCCUUGGACUUUGACAGAAUACCUUCCGGAACUCUAGGAAGUGGACAAGCUCCAGAAGCAAGUGGCCUCCCCUCUGGAUUUAGUGGUGAGUAUUCCGGAAUGGACCUUGGAAGUGGCCCGUCCUCUGGUUUGCCUGACUUCAGUGAGCUUCCAUCUGGGUUCCCAACUGUCUCCCUGGUGGAUACCACGUUGGUGGAAGUAGUCACAGCCACCACAGCAAGUGAACUGGAAGGGAGGGGGACCAUUGGCAUUAGUGGUGCUGGAGAGAUAUCUGGGCUGCCCUUCGGUGAGUUAGACAUGAGCGGGGGAGCUAGUGGACUCCCUUCAGGAGUUGGACUUGGUGGCCAGCCAUCUGGAUCUCCCGAACUCAGCGGGGAAACAUCUGGACUCUUUGGUGUCAGUGGACAGCCAUCGGGGUUUCCUGACAUCAGUGGGGGAACAUCUGGGCUUUUUGAGCUCAGUGGGCUGCCCUCAGGGUUCCCUGGGGAAACAUCUGGAAUGACCGAGCUCAGUGGACAGUCCUCUGGACUACCAAGCGUCAGUGGAGAAGCUUCUGGAGACCUUUUUGGUGGUGGCCCACCAUUUGGCAUGACUGACCUGAGUGGAGAAACAUCUGGGCUCCCUGAUCUCAGUGGGCAGCCAUCGGGGCUGCCGGGCUUUAGCGGGACCACAUCAGGAGUUUCUGACCUGGUUUCCACCACCAUGAGUGGCAGUGGAGAAUCCUCUGGCAUUACAUUUGUGGACACCACUUUCGUUGAGGUGACCCCGACAACAUUUAAAGAAGAAGGUUUAGGGUCUGUGGAGCUCAGCGGCUUCCCUUCUGGGGAAACGGAUCUCUCGGGAGCAUCUGGGGUAGGGGAUGUCAGUGGACAGCCUUCUGGAACCAUCGACUCCAGUGGGUUUACAUCCCAGCCUCCAGAGUUCAGUGGCCUACCCAGUGGAGUAACCGAGGUCAGUGGAGAAGUCUCUGGAGCUGAGGUGGGGAGCAGUCUGCCCUCGGGAGCGUAUGACGGCAGCGGACUUCCAUCGGGGCUCCCCACCGUCUCUCUGGUAGACAGAACUUUGGUGGAAUCUGUAACCCAGCCUCCAACAGCACAGGAAGCAGGAGAAGGCCCAUCAGGCAUCCUGGAACUCAGCGGCACACCGGACAUAUCUGGAGACCAUUCGGGAUCUUUGGAGCUAAGUGGGGUGCCGUCUGGGCCGGUAGAGACCAGUGGGGAGCCAUCGAGUACUCCGUACUUUAGUGGGGACUUUUCAGGCACCACCGAUAUAAGUGGGGAUUCUUCUGCAGCCACCAGCACCAGCGGGGAGGCCUCAGAACUUCCAGAAGUUACUCUGAUCACUUCUGAAUUCGUGGAGGGUGUUACUGAACCCACUGUUUCUCAGGAACUCGGCCAGAGACCCCCUUUGACACACACACCCCAGACUUUCGAGUCCAGCGGAGAAGCUUCUGCAUCGGGGGACACCAGUGGAGCUAUACCAGGAUUCCCCGGAGGUGGGGUAGAGACGUCAUCAGUCCCGGAAUCCAGCAGCGAAACAUCUGCCUAUCCUGAGCCUGGGGUGGAGGCGUCUGCUGCUCCCGAGGCCGGCGGAGGAGCUUCGGGGGUCCCCGAUCUGAGCGAGACCACCUCCGCCUUCCCCGAAGCUCACCUGGAGGGAGCCUCGGGCCUGGGAGUGAGCGGCAGCACCUCAGCCUUCCAGGAAGGACCCACGGAGGGCUCCACCCCGUCGGGAAUGAGUGGAGAGUCGACCAGCACCUAUGACCUGGGCACAGAGACAUCAUCAGGCUGGCCCUCGGCCACUCCCGUGGCCUCUGGAGACAGGACUGAAAUCAGUGGAGACCUGUCUGGUCACACCUCAGGGCUGGAUGUUGUCAUCAUGGGCACCAGUGUCCCAGAGUUCGAAUGGACCCAGCAGACCCAGCGGCCUGCAGAGGCGCAUCGAGAAAUGGAGUCGUUGAGCCCCUUGCACUCAGAAGAGACCCAAACAGCCGAAGGAGCCAUCUUCCCGACAGACGCCUCCAUCCCAACUUCUGCACAAGGGACCGAGGAAUCGGAGGCGACCACUACAGACAUUGAUGACUGCCUCUCAAGCCCUUGUCUGAAUGGAGCCACCUGCGUGGACGCCCUGGACUCUUUCACAUGCUUAUGCCUUCCCAGCUACCGAGGGGACCUGUGUGAGAUCGACCAGGAGCUGUGCGAGGAGGGCUGGACCAAGUUCCAGGGCCACUGUUACCGUCACUUCCCCGAGCGGGAGAGCUGGGUGGAUGCUGAGAGCCAGUGUCGAAAGCAGCAGUCCCACCUGAGCAGUAUUGUCACCCCCGAGGAGCAGGAGUUUGUCAACAACAAUGCUCAAAACUACCAGUGGAUCGGCCUGAAUGACAGGACCAUCGAAGGGGACUUCCGCUGGUCAGACGGACACUCCUUGCAAUUUGAGAACUGGCGCCCCAACCAGCCGGACAACUUCUUUGCCUCGGGAGAGGACUGCGUGGUGAUGAUCUGGCACGAGAAGGGCGAGUGGAAUGAUGUGCCCUGCAACUACCACCUGCCCUUCACCUGUAAAAAGGGCACAGUGGCCUGCGGAGAGCCCCCCGUGGUGGAGCACGCCAGGACGUUCGGCCAGAAGAAGGACCGGUACGAGAUCAACUCGCUGGUGCGGUACCAGUGCACCGAGGGCUUCGUCCAGCGCCACGUGCCCACCAUCCGGUGCCUGCCCAGCGGGCAGUGGGAGGAGCCUCGGAUCACCUGCACGGACCCCGCCACCUACAAGCGCAGACUACAGAAGCGGAGCUCCCGGCCCCCCCGGAGGAGCCACCCCAGCACAGCCCACUGAGAGGAGCCUCAAGGCCGAGCGCGCCCAGGAUGCUGAGCCCAGGAGCCUUGCCAGGCCGACGUCCCCCUCGGAUGGUGUCUUCUUCUUGUCGCUUUCUGUCAUAUAAGGAAU